UCUUCACUCAUCUUCUUGUCUACCUUUGUGUGCUAUUUGGAACGUGGCAACUCGAACUGGUGCACUUCGGUGCCAAGUUCUAUGUUGAAUCCAGACAGACAGACUUCAAUAGCCAUUUUUAUUACUAUCAUCUGAAUAUAAAUAGUGCUUAAUGUUUUAAUCUUUUAAUCACUAUUGGCUAGCGAAAGUUCUGUGUAUAUGAAACUAUGCAUAUUACAUUAAAGUCAAAGGCUUGUAACUUGACAAACAAAUUUUUUACUUUAUGCCUCUUUUUAAAGUGAUCCUGACGUCACCUACAGAAUUUCACUCGUUACUUUCUUCUGUUGGUAUUUAACAAUGCUUAUACCUGUUAAUAUGGAGAAUAAAUUGCUUUAUAAGGAAAUACUGGUAUACAAUGUUUUGGUUAUCGUGUGUGUACAUCUAAUUCAAAUUAUAAGGAAUAUAUAUGCAACCGAUUUCCCUCAUACUAUCCUUUCAAGUUCUCAAACCUUUGGAAAUUAUCUUACAAAAAACAAAAAACAACUUACGAUAUUUGGUUUGUGGAAACAUACCAUCUCUUUAUUUUGUGAUGCUAAU